GCGGCGGCGGCGGCGGCGGAGGCGACGACAACGACAACGAGAGACGGUUACGGUGGAGGCAGGAGGCACGCGGAGGAGAACGGCAAAGCCGACGGCAGGGGAGGGAGAAAAAUCAAGAAGGAAGUAGCAAGUGUCACGAAGGGACUCUUGUCAGUAAGUGGUGGACCGUGGUGCAGAUUGGGCAUCGCGUGUGCGACGAGAAUCUUCGCGGAAGCGGGGGCGCGACGAGGCAGGGAAAGAGCACCGGGGGCGGCGGCGGCGGCGGCGGAAGCAACGGAGGCAGCAGCAAGCAGGCGCGAUUGACGGCGCGCGCCUCGUCGCGCCGGCGAGACUCGCGCUCGAUACGAGCACGCGCGCGCGCGCGCGCGCGCCAAUUUCGAGACUCGAUCGGCGCUUCCGAUCGCAGCAGCCUGCCUCUCGCUCCGGAAGAGAACAGAGCUGACCUUGCGGCCCGACCUUGGAAAUUGGCGCCACCGUCGAGAGCGGAGCAAGCGUGGGCGUCGCGUCGUGCUUUGGUCACGAGUGCGCGGCUCGCACGCGCGCGCGCGCGCGCGCGCACGCACCCAAUUCGCCGGUCGCCGGUCGCCGCGGGCACACGCGAGUGCUCGACGUGGGCCGAGAGAGGAACGUGGGACGAUCGAAUCGCUCUCGUCUCGGCCGGCCGGAGAGAGGCUGCCGUGCUACCUUCUUUUUGUCCCGGCCCGGGUCCACGCGAGAGGAGGGUCGCAGCCGGUGAUCGAACCACCUGUCACGCCGGUGGAAUGACUCAAUAUGCCGCUUAGAUCGUCGCUGGUGAUUCUCGUCGCGCUGUGCGCGACAUGCGGCCGCGCGGACUUCUUCGGCGAGAGGAAGGAGACGGUGUACGAUUUAAUGGAAGCGUCGGUGUCAUCGAUGACCGACGACAACAAUCUCUACAUAGACGACGGCCUGGACGGAUUCCCCGCAUUUGGCUUUCGGCCGGGCUCCGAGGUGAAGCAACCCUACAGACUGUACCUGCCGGAAAAGUUGCCGGCUGAGUUCACUCUGGUGGCCACGUUCAAGCCGACCUCCUUCAGAACGAGCUACCUCUUCGCCGUCCUCAAUCCCUUCGAAACCGUCGUCCAGUUGGGCAUUAGAAUUUCGGACGGACCCGGCUCGAACCAGAACAUCUCGCUGGUCUACACCAACUCGGACGAGCACUCGCUUUCGGAGGAGGUGGCGAAAUUCACCGUGCCGAAGCUGACGAGGAAGUGGUCGAAGAUCGUCAUUAAGGUCUCCGCCGCCGACGUCACCUUCUACCUCAAUUGCCAUGAGAUGGCGCGCCAGAGGGUCACCAGGAUCCCCCAGAAAUUAGUAUUCGACACCGCCAGCACGCUCUACAUCGCGCAAGCUGGACCGCACAUCCAGGAACGAUACGACGGUCUGCUGCAAUCUUUGAAGCUAUACUCCGGCCAUCCUCCGGAUCUUGUAAAAUGCAGUACUGAUUUCAAUUUUGCAGCGGACGAAGAGCUCGGCUCUGGUGAUUACGAUCUCGACUUGCUCGACGGUUCCGGCGACGCUGAUUUGAAUAAGAUCGGUCGCGAUGCGGACGAAGACAAGAGCGAGGAGAGUAACCCACCGCCAUUCAUCACACCCCCGCCCCCGAAUCCAGAUUAUAAAGGUCCGAAAGGUGAGAAGGGCGACAAAGGGGACAAGGGCGAGAGCGUAAGGGGUCCUCCGGGCCCUCCGGGCCCGCCUGGUCGAGAUGAGGAUUGGCUGAUGAAGAUACCACAGGGACCACCUGGUCAGAAGGGAGACCCUGGUAGUUGUACCUGCAACGCCACGGCCUUAAUGUCUUCCUUUACGAUGCCAAAAAUGAUACAGGGGCCGAAGGGUGAGCCGGGAGUGUCGGGACAAGAAGGCAAACAGGGCCUAAUGGGUCUUACGGGUGCGGCAGGACCGCCAGGGGAAAGAGGACUGCAGGGUCCGUCCGGGGCGAAAGGUGACAAGGGGGAUAUUGGAAUACCAGGGCCGGAAGGUCCUCAAGGUCAGAAGGGCGAGCCGGGUCGAGAUGGAAUACCCGGUGAAAAGGGAGCGCAAGGUCCGCCGGGGCCGCCCGGAAAAGGAGAAUUCUCUGGCUAUGACCCCAGUUGGAAACCUCGAAGUAUUUACAGGACGGAAGGUAUCACGAUGAGGCCGGGAUUGCCAGGACAAAAGGGUGAACCGGGCACGUCAGGAAGCCCCGGGCCGAAAGGCGAAGCCGGGAUAACCGGCUCUAAGGGUAUCAAGGGUGAGCCUGGACACAAAGGCGCCAAAGGUGAUCACGGGAAAGAAGGUCCCAGAGGAACUCAGGGUUUCAAGGGUGAGCCCGGUGCACCCGGUGCACCCGGGCUGCCUGGUGCGCCCGGAGAGAACGGACGGCCAGCUGAGAAGGGCGAUAAGGGCGACAUAGGACCUGAAGGCAAAUCUGGACCUCCAGGACCACCCGGCCCAUCCGGCACGAGCGGUCCUGGCGGCAUCAACGUCGGAGAUUUGGGAUUUGGUACGAAAGGCGACAAAGGCGAGCUCGGGACGCGAGGAUACAGAGGUGAUAAGGGCACGAAGGGCGAGAAGGGCGAUAAGGGUGAUGCCGGACCAGCCGGUAUCCCCGGAAUAAACGGCAUUCAAGGACCUCAAGGAGAUAAAGGCGAGCCUGGUACAGACGGCGUAUCUGGGUCACCAGGCACGCCUGGUGCCAAGGGCGAACGAGGCGAAAGAGGCCCUCCUGGAGCCACUACUGUCGCCAGUUCUGGCGACUACGUCACCAUCAAAGGCGAGAAGGGCGCCGAGGGGAAACGGGGCAGAAGAGGACGACCUGGACCACCCGGGCCUGUGGGUCCGCCUGGGAAGCCUGGGAUCAUGGGAGAAAUCGGCCUACCGGGCUGGAUGAACACGAUAAAGGGCCGUCCAGGGAAUCCCGGGAUUCCGGGAAGUAUCGGACCAAUGGGACCCAAGGGAGAAAAGGGGGAGCCCGGCGCACCGAGCCCUUACGGUGUUUCAGUCGGUAUCAAAGGCGACAAAGGAAACGACGGUUUGCCCGGGAUUCCCGGUCAGACUGGAAGAGACGGUCAAAGAGGAGCCCCGGGUCCUCCUGGACCUCCCGGGCCAUCAUCUCAAGGGAAAUAUAUGCCGGUUCCAGGACCUCCAGGUCCUCCCGGUCCACCGGGUCCGCCCGGGGUGUCUUUGGUCGGACAGAAAGGAGAGCCCGGUAUCGGUAGAAAUUCUUACGGCGAAAAGAAUCUAUACUAUGGCCUCAGACAAGGAUCCAGAAGCAACACGGACGAGCUGAAAGCCCUGCGUGAACUCAAGCAACUGAGAGAACAAUUAGAUAUUGUCGCUACUGUCGCUACCAAGCUACCUUUAGAAAGUACAACGAAAAUUGUGCCAGGAGCUGUUACGUUCCAAAACACAGAAAUUAUGAGAAAGAUGUCCAGCGUCAGUCCGGUCGGGACUCUGGCUUACAUCAUAGAUGAGCAGGCUUUGCUGGUCAGAGUUAACAACGGAUGGCAAUACAUAGCGCUCGGUUCACUACUGCCUAUCACAACGCCCGCACCGCCAACGACAGCACCGCCACCGGCGAAUCCUCCCUUCGAAGCGUCCAAUUUGAUUAACCAAAUACCCAUGAAAGCCGACGGGACAGGGUGGUACCCGCGAAUGUUAAGGAUGGCUGCAUUGAACGAACCUUUCACCGGAGAUAUGCACGGCAUACGGGGAGCUGACUACGCUUGCUAUCGACAAGCGAGACGAGCGGGCCUGAGAGGUACCUUCCGCGCCUUUCUCAGCUCUCGAGUUCAAAACGUCGACAGCAUUGUCAGAUUGGGAGACCGGGACCUUCCCAUAGUCAACAUCAAGGGCGACGUGCUAUUCAACUCCUGGAAGGAGAUGUUCAACGGGAACGGCGCAUACUUUUCGCAGAAUCCCAGAAUCUACAGCUUCAAUGGGAAGAACAUCCUCACCGACUUUACGUGGUCGGAGAAAGUUGCGUGGCACGGCUCUCACAAACUCGGCGACCGAGCGAUGGACACUUACUGCGACGCCUGGCACUCGAGUAACUCCGAUCGCUACGGGCUGGGCUCGCCGUUGACCGGCGGUCGGCUUCUGGAACAAGUGCGAUACUCAUGCGACAAUAAAUUCGCGCUGCUGUGCAUCGAGGUAACGAGCGAGUCGGUGAGGAGGCGGCGGAGCGCCGACGAUCGGCCGGAGGACGACCUCGAGAUGACGGAGAACGAUUACAUGGAGUACUUGGAGGAACUCAUGCAAUACUGAGGAUCACACACUUUUUCGAUCAUUCGCAUCACCCUCGCGACGCAAAAAUCGAGCCGUAUCAUGUAAAUAGGAAUGCAGGUACGCGCGUGCUGCGCUUCUUCUUUCGCGCGAUGAGAAGCAUAUCCCACGAGAAUUCGACUAAUAAUUCGUAUACAUAUCGUGAAAGCGGAAUCAAGAGAGAGAGAGAGAGAGAGAGAGAGAGAGAGAGAGAGAGAGAG